AUGUCGCAUAUUUCGUAUAACAAACAAUGGCAAGAUGCACAGAUUGCCAUGGUCGAUAUGUUGGCUAUCGAAACACCAGAACAGCCACGACAACCAGAAACCGAUGGCAAUGCCGCCUUUCAACUAGUUGCCACUAUGUUUGUGAAAUAUGUACAAAUAUUUCGAAAAUUAGAACAAUGCUAUGAUCAAAUAGUACAUCCACAAAAACGACGACUCAUACGAACGGUUCUCGAUGGUUGUAUGGGAAGAGUACUUGAAUUGAAACAUGAAAUGAUUAGCAUGGAUUUUUCAGAAUAUCAUUAUUUUGAUGAUAUACUUGCAGAUCUUAAAUUGACACCGAAUGAUCUUGAAAUUCCAAUACCAAAUUAUUUCGUUCUUGAACGUGCACAAGCAAUUGAAAAACGUGAACGACUGCUUGGUCAAAUCUUAGCACGAAUGACAUUAGAUAAUGAAAAUCAAGAAACAAGUGGAAUCAUGACCAUGGACGAUGCUAUUCGAAUAAUUCAAUCUCAUGAACGAGCUCGUCAAGGACGACUACGAGCUAAACAAAUAGGAGAAUUACGUCUUAAUGAUCAACGUGCACGACAACGUGCGAAUAUGGGUGAAUCAAAAAUGGAUAAAAUAUUAGCAGCAACAAUUAUUCAAAAAUACUAUCGUCGUUAUGUUGUACGACGUGAAGUUAAAAAAUUUCGCGAAGAAGAAUACAUGUUUCUAGGCAUGGCGAUGCCAACAUUUCAUAAAGAUCCGUUGAAACGUUUGCUUGCGGAUGUUCGGGCACAUGAAGAUGAGCGACGAAAACGUCAAGAAAAACAUGAAAUAACCUAUCAACAAGCCUUAAUAGCAACACGCGAAAAAAUCAAACAAACCGAAGGACCCGAUAUGAAAGAACGUUUACAAGAACAAAUCCGUCAAUGGUUUAUUGAAUGCAGAAAUGUUUCACAAAAAUUUCCCGAUUUUCCAGAUGAAGACGACGGAGGUUCAAAUAAAAUCUUUGAAAAAAAAACUGUCGAAGAAAUACAAGAAGAACUUGAUGCUAAACUUGAAAGUAAAGGAGGAAAAGGCGAUAAGAAAGGCAAAAAAGGAAAGAAGGGGAAAAAAGAGAAGAAAGGAAAGAAAGGUAAAAAAGGCAAGAAAAAGAAGAAAGGAGGAGAUGAUGAAGAAGGUUGGACAUUGCCGGAAUCUCAAUUUGUUACUGAGAUGAUAAAACCGUCAACACAAACAUAUCAAAGCUUUUGGGAAACAAGAGAUGAAGCUCACAAUUUUGAACAAAAUCAUGAUAAUGAAAUAGUCAAAGAAGAAAAACGAACGGAAGUGACUGAAGAAAUACGUAUUGAAGUAGAUGCUUUGAUGCGAGAAGAAUUAAAAAACCUAAAAGCGGCUAUUGAUAAAACCAAAGAGAAAAAGAAGAAGAAGAAGAAGAAGAAGAAAGCUAAAAAGAAGAAGAAGAAAGAAAAAGAUUUAACGCCAGACCGAACGAUGGAAUCUUUAUACGAGGAACUCGUUAUGAAUCGUAUAAUAAUUCGUCCCCCCAAAGUCGCUCUCAGUGAUUUUCUUGGUGAUUUCAAUUAUUUGCCAAGUCUUAUUCGUCAAGCUAAACAUGAACCUAUGCCAACUAUGUACGAUGUCAAGCAAUUAACUGCUCUUUAUGGAAUAUUACCGCUUGGAUCCGAAAAAGUUCAUGAAAUAGCACCUCAAGUAAAAGGUCUUCUCAUUUGUGGACCUCGAGGAUGUGGUAAACAUAUGUUAUUACAUGCUAUUUGUAAUGAAUUGGGUGCAAAUUUAUUCGAUAUUACACCGCAAAAUAUUUAUGAAACAUAUCGAGAAAAAGAAGGUAUUAAAAUGUUAAUGCAUUUGUGUUCAAAAGUAGGAAAAAAUUUACCACCAACAGUAAUCUAUAUUGGUGAUUGUGAAAAAUUAUUUAAGAAAAAAUUAAAACCGGAAGAAAAACAAUUUGAACCAAAACGCUUAGCUAAAGCGCUGCCAAAAUGGCUUAAGACAAUCAAACCUGGAGAUCGAGUCUUACUAGUUGGAAUAUCGCAUGAACCUUAUCAAGGUGUUGUUAAACCAAUGAUGAAAAUAUUUCCACGCGUUAUUCUGCUGCCACGUCCUGAAUAUGGAACUCGCUUAUUAUUAUGGAAAACAUUAAUAAUAAAAUAUGGUGGUAUCAUAACGCCUGCAUUAGAUAUAACAUCGUUAGCAAAACUAUCGGAUUCAUAUGCUCCUGGACAUAUUCAUAAUACCAUUGUUGAAACAUUAACUGAACGACGUCUAGCUAAAAUGGCAAAACAUCCAUUACAAGCAACUGACUUUAUACCUGGCUUAGCUCAUCAUAAUGCUAUUUACAAAGAGGAAGAAGAUGCUUACAAGAGCUGGUGGAAGAAAACUCCAUUGGGUAAAAAACGUGAGAGAUUUUUAGACGAGCUCGAAUCGGGUGAAGGCGAUGGCAAAGGGAAAAAAGACAAAAAAGGUGGUAAAGGCAAAAAAGGUGGCAAAGGCAAAAAGAAGAAGAAAUAA